CAGGACUCAACUUCCUUCAAUCUUCAAUUCUGCUUUCCACUGAGUACCCCUGCUUCAGGUCUUUGUCUAAGAAGGAGGGAAGCUGCACACCCAGAGUCAGAGACCAUAUACAAAACUGCUCCAAGGGCACCUGUCCCUGUUCGGGGUGUGCACAGCUAUCUCCCCCAGAGACCCCAUCCCAGAGAGCCCCCAACUGUUUGAUACAAAAAGACCUACCCAAAGUGACCACUACAGAGAUCACUCAUAGAAAGUAGAAUUAUUUAUUAGACUGUCGAGAAGCAGACCCCAUCCAGGUCUUUGAGCCAAAUUCACAGCAGGAGAGAGCCACUCCCUUGAAAAUGUUCACAGCUUUUAUACAUUUCAUACAAAGAACCUCCAAAAUCCCACCCUCUAUAUGGUGUUGUUGGAAUCCUUACUAACUGCUAACUAAUUAGAGUUGAUCUAAUCUUACAAGAAGAUUUUGGCCAGAACCUGAAACAAGGUACUAAGUAGAACUAAUUAAUACAAGGCUUGUGUUCACACCUUUACUCAUUGGAGUUCACAAGUAUGCCAGCUUCACAAAGUAAACUUUCUAACUUCAAGGGAGUUCACACCUCCCUUAAAGCUCUUUGGGCCAGAGAGCACUAUGGGAGAAAACCCAUAAUCCCAUUCUCUCAGAACAGUCAGAUAUAAGGCCAGUGAUGAGAGAUCUAUUGCAGAAUACAUUUUUCCUCUUGGCUGGCUGGUCGCGGAGGAGAGUUCAGCUGGACUGGAGAGAAGCGACUCUGGUGCAGACACAGAGCACUUUGACAGAUUUCAGCGGAAUUACGCCAGAAGCCCUCUCUCCAAGGCAAGGCAGAAUAUAUUCCACUUGGCUGGCUGGUGGCAGACGAAGAGUUUUCAGAGGAUAAAGCUACUGGUGGAGAGUUCAGUGGACAACCAGAUUCAUCUUCCUCUCACACCACUGUAGUAGGUGGCUGGGCUCCUGCACACCCCCCACUGAGACCAAGCUGGUCUGAAAGACUCAUCAGAAAGCUAGCCGAGCCCCAAGUGAAGGAGACAAGAGAUUCAUUCCAUCUCUGUGCUGGUUGUAAAGAACAAAACCCUUGGAUUUGGAGACAUUUGGAGGGCCCUAAGCUAAACCGGCUGUGUAUUGAGAAAAACAAGAACUCAAACAUUUGAACUCAUAACAUGAUGUGAUUGGUCACAUAAACCUUUAUCCCCCUAUUCGGUCAGUGGAAUGCAGUAGAGAAGGUGAUAUACAGCUUCGGCCUUAUAAUCCCUUCUUUGGACAAUGGAAUGCAGUCCAGGCCUUACCUAAAAUCACGUGAAAGAUUUUUCACGUGGGCCUAUAGGCCUGAUUUAUCUUAGUUAACAGUCUCUGAUCAAUAUGUGCUUAAUCUGUAAAUUCUUCACCUUUCCACAGAGUGAGAAGCACAAAAUCUCUGAGCUGAGAUCCAUCUUCAUUGGCUGUAGCUACAAUCUCUCUCAUUUUUUCCCCCUUGGAGCUAGCUACAAUCAUUUUGUCUUCUGGAAGCCAGAACUGUGCUUGCAGCUCCCAGGGAGCCAGGAGCCAGAGGGAAUGGGCCCUGGGAGCCUCGGACCUCCUCCCCAGGAGACGGUGACGUUCAAGGACGUGGCUGUGGACUUCACUAAGGAGGAGUGGGGGCUCUUGGACCCCUCUCAGAAGGAGCUGUACCAGGAGGUCAUGGUGGAGAACGCCCGGAACCUGCUCUCCCUGGGGUUUCCAGUUCCCAGAGAAGAGGUGACCUCUUAUUUUGAGCAAAGGGAAGCACUGUGGAUGCUGGACCAAGAAUGCCUGAGGAGAUGCUCUCCAGGUGAGUCAGGUGAAAGCAGGGAUAUGAGAGCUGUGGUUACAAGAGGCUUCUGGGACUUACCCUGA